AUGGCCUCUGGGACUCAACUAGAGCUUGAUUCCUUUGUCUGCAAGUGGUAUAAUAUCCGGCUUAUAUUUGAUGAUGGCCACUCAUCCAACGACAACCAGAAUGUCCCUCCAGGAGAUACAAGAGUUGAGAUACAAGAGUUGCGCCAGCGCCUUGAAGAAGAGCAGCGACGACAUGAGCAGGCCGAGAGAUCACAGCUUGAAGCUGAGGAACAACUGAAACUCCAUACUCAAGAAACACCAUAUCCUGUGUUUCUCAACGCCUGCCAUGUGCACUUAUUUCUCGGUCUGGCCAUUCAGAUAGCUAAAGACUCGUCUACAAAGGGCGACCCGGCGAACGCCGACCGGAAACUCCGCCCGGCCAAGAUUAGAGAGUGGACCAACUUUCCAAAUGAACCGGUUUCAAUAUGGGAGGACCUUGUUAGGAACCGGCGAUAUCGAGUUAUUAGAUCAGUCAUGCCUCCGGCUGUAUGA